AUGGAUUUGUAUUGUUUCCAGCCUAAAUGCAAGAUUUCUGCGUCACGCAAGCUAUCACUAAAGAUCCUUCUCCUGACUCGUGCAACGGAAGACUUGGAGGCAGAGAAAACUGCAAAUGAGGAAGCGAAGGUUCGAUACCUGAGGGAGAAGCUUCCACCGCUGCAGCUCAGAGGGUUAAACAUUGAUGAUCUGCAGAAAGUCUGUAAGGAGAUUCAUGAAAAGAUUCAUGUGGUGGACGAGGAUCGCUAUGACUGUGAAGCAAAGGUUCUCAAGAACUACAGAGAUAUCAACAAGUUGAAGCUAAAGGUACAGGACCUUGGAGGAAAGUUUAAGAAACCAGCUCUCAGGAAGGUGAGAGUGUCAGCAGAUGAGAUGUUGAAAGCUCUGUUUGGAUCGAAAACUAAGGGCUCCAUGGAUCUGAGGGCCAAUCUCAAGUCUGUAAAGAAAGAAGACAUCAAACAAGAGAAGGAGCUGACGAUGGAGGUGGGUGACUGGCGUAAAAAUGUGGAGGCCAUGUCUGGUAUGCAGGGCAGGAAGAAGAUGUUUGAUGCUAGACCACAGUUUCCUGUUUCGAAUUGA